AUGUCGCGCUUGAGCAACAGUUCUCCACCAGCGCUCUAUUUCCAUACCUCGUCAGGUAUGCUGGACUACGUACUAAUCUGGUUUGACAGUACCGUGCCGACCAACGAGCAAAUCCUGGUGCCGGAGACGCUUCUGAAGAAGCGCAAGAGCCAGGAAAAGGCCCGCGCCGAGAAGAGCGCCGAGAUUGAGAAGAAGAAGAAGGCAAACAAGGAGAAGCGCACCGUCAUCUUCAAGCGCGCCGAGAAGUAUGUCCAGGAGUACCGUGAGGCAGAGCGCGAGAAGAUCCGUCUUGCUCGUGUCGCCAAGCAGAGCAACUCGUUCCACGUUCCUGCCGAGAACAACCUGAUUUUCCUCAUCCGGAUCAAGGGUAUCAACAAGAUCGCCCCUAAGCCGCGGAAGAUCCUCCAGCUGCUGCGUCUGCUGCAGAUCAACAACGGUGUCUUCAUCCGUGUCACUAAGGCCACUCAGGAGAUGAUAAAGAUUGUCGAGCCGUGGGUUGCCUACGGCUACCCCAACCUGAAGAGCGUCAAGGAGCUCAUCUACAAGCGCGGCUACGGCAAGGUCGACAAGCAGCGCAUUGCUCUUACGGACAACUCCAUCAUCGAGGCAUCGCUCGGCAAGUACGGCAUUGUCUGUAUCGAGGACCUCGUCCACGAGAUCUACACCGUCGGCCCCAACUUCAAGCAGGCCUCGAACUUCCUGUGGCCAUUCAAGCUGAGCAACCCCACUGGUGGCUUCCACGCUCGCAAGUUCAAGCACUUCAUUGAGGGCGGUGACCUGGGCAACCGGGAGGAGCACAUCAACGCUCUCGUUCGGCAGAUGAACUAG